AUGGCGAGGGCAGAGCCUCCGAGGACCGCCAUCAUCAUUGGAGGCGGCCCGUGUGGGCUCCUCACAGCCCUUGCGUUGACCCAACGCUCGCACAUGACAUGCACCGUCUUUGAGCUUUGCUCUUCCCACACCACGUUUGGUGGCGCCAUCGGCAUCCCUCCUUCCGGCUUGCAGCUAUUCGGCAGUCUGGGCGUCCUCGAGGGCUUGUUAGCUCGCGGUAAUGCUUCUUCGAAGUUAGUGUGGCACUCGCUUUGCUGUGCCGACGCUCUGGGCCCGUUCGACAUGGCAGCUCGGUCCAAGGAGACGACCGGCUAUGGUUGUCUACGUAUCAAGCGCACUGACAUGCUCGAAGUGCUCCUUGAGGCAGUUGCUGCAGCAGGUAUAGUCGUUCACUUUGGGCAACGUCUCCCCGCGAUUUACGAGACGCAUGCUGGAGUAGUUGUAUCAUUUGAUGAAGGUGUCAUUGCCGAGGCCACCGCCGACAUCCUUCUAGGCUGCGAUGGGAUCCACGCGGCCGUACGCGUGCUCUAUGUCAACCCUGACCGUCGACCAAUGUAUACCGGUUCCGCAGGCCUGAUGGGUCUGGCAUCAGCUGCACUGUUGACGUCCGAAUCAGCCGACACUCUUCGCGAUGGAAUACAUGCCACGAUGACGUGUGAGGGCACGUUCAUGACAGUUCCUUGCAGGACUGGAAGCGAUGAGUUCUACUGGGCAUUCCAACGGAAAGUGCCAUCGCCGAACCAAACAGAGUGGCUGAACGGCUGGGACAUUCGAAGCUGCGAAGAAAUCGAAGAACUGAAGGAUGUUUUGUACGGAAUUCUAACAUGCGAAGAGACUCAUGGUGGGAAGUGGGCAGCCAUCUUGUGCGACCUAAUCGACGCCACCAGAGAGAUGCGCUUCUAUCCUGUUUAUCAGCUGCCAUCCGCACCUGGAAACCGGUGGUAUCGAGGUCGUAUAUUGCUCCUGGGCGAUGCGGCGCAUGCGAUGCCACCACAUGCUGGGCAAGGCAUCUGUAUGGUAUUGGAAGAUGCGACACUGCUGGCGAACUUAUUAUCUGUGGCACUUACGCCCAGUGACACGAUGCCCGAGGGCGACGGAGCUGAAGAAAUCAUUGGAGACCUAUUCAGGCGCUACGAGCAAGGACGUCGAUCCCGUGUGGAAGAUGUGGCGCGGUGGGCCAUUGUGGUGAUUGCUAGCCGCUGA